AUGGGCAAACGCAAGAGCUCAUCCAAGCCCCAGGGCCCCAAGAAGAAAGACCCCCUCCCGACCAAGUUCACGUGCCUCUUCUGCAAUCACGAAGACUCCGUAGUUGUAAAACUAGAUAAGAAAGCCGGUGUCGGUUCGUUGGAUUGCAGAGUGUGUGGCCAGAUGUUCCAGUGCAGCAUCAACUACCUUUCGGCCGCUGUCGAUGUGUACGGAGAAUGGGUGGACGCUGCUGAUGCUGUUGCCAAAGACGCACCCGCUGGUGGAAGCAAGACCGCUCGACGCCCACCUCCAAGCCGACCGGUGAAUGACGAAGACGACGAUAGAAGAUACGGAGGCGAGGGCAUUGACGAUGAUGAUUACUAG